GCCGCGGCUCUACGGCGGCGCCCUUAAAUAGCAUCCGAGCGGGCGCUGAACAGGCAGUGGGCUGUAGUGACAGCUGGCGGCAUAGCGGCCGGCCAGCCGAGGAGAAUUCAGCUUAGGGAGCGACCAUCUCGGGACGAUGCAAGCCCACGAGCUGUUCCGGUAUUUUCGAAUGCCAGAGCUGGCUGACUUCCGACAGUACGUUCGCACGCUGACGACCAACACGCUCAUGGGCUUUGGAGCUUUUGCCGCCCUCACCACCUUCUGGUACGCCACGAGGCCCAAAGCCCUGAAGCCUCCAUGCGACCUCUCCAUGCAGUCUGUGGAGGUGCCGGGUAGCGAUGGCGCUCGGAGAUCCCCGCUGCUGGAUAGCGAUGAGCCCUUGGUGUAUUUCUACGAAGAUGUCAGAACUUUGUACGAAGGCUUCCAGAGAGGCAUCCAGGUUUCAAAUAACGGCCCUUGUUUAGGCUCUCGGAAGCCAGACCAGCCCUAUGAAUGGCUUUCAUACAAACAGGUUGCCGAGAUAGCCGAGUGUGUGGGCUCAGCGCUCCUCCAGAAGGGCUUCAAGUCUUCCCCGGAUCAGUUCAUUGGCAUCUUCGCUCAGAACAGACCCGAGUGGGUGAUCAUUGAACAAGGAUGCUUUGCUUACUCUAUGGUGGUCGUUCCCCUCUAUGAUACCCUUGGAACGGAAGCAAUCACCCACAUAGUCAACAAAGCUGAACUCUCUCUGGUUUUUGUUGACAAGCCAGAGAAGGCCCACCUCUUAUUAGACAGUGUAGAAAAUAAGUUAACACCAGGCAUUAAAACCAUCGUCCUCAUGGACUCCUAUGGCAUCGAUCUGUUGGAACGAGGCAAAAGAUGUGGCGUGGAAAUCAUCAGUAUGAAGGCGUUGGAGGACCUGGGAAGAGCCAACAGACAGAGGCCCAAGCCUCCAGCACCUGAAGAUCUUGCAGUCAUUUGUUUCACCAGUGGAACUACAGGCAACCCCAAGGGAGCACUGAUCACUCAUGGAAAUAUAGUGAGCAAUUGUUCAGCUUUUGUGAAAGUCACCGAGAAUGCAGUCAAUCCUUCCCCAGAUGAUACUUUGAUAUCUUUCUUGCCUCUUGCCCACAUGUUUGAAAGAGUUGUAGAGUGUGUAAUGCUGUGUCAUGGAGCUAAAAUAGGAUUUUUCCAAGGAGAUAUCAGGCUGCUUAUGGAUGACCUCAAGGCACUUCAACCCACAGUCUUUCCUGUGGUCCCCAGACUGCUGAACCGGAUGUUUGACCGAAUUUUUGGGCAGGCAAACACCACGCUGAAACGGUGGCUGCUGGACUUCGCCUCCAAGAGGAAAGAAGCAGAGCUCCGCAGCGGCAUCAUUAGAAACAACAGCUUGUGGGACAGACUGAUCUUCCACAAGAUACAGUCGAGCCUGGGAGGAAAAGUCAGGCUGAUGAUCACAGGAGCCGCACCCGUGUCCGCCACUGUGCUGACGUUUCUGAGAGCAGCGCUCGGCUGUCAGUUUUAUGAAGGCUACGGACAGACCGAGUGCACCGCCGGCUGCUGCCUGACUGUGCCUGGGGACUGGACAGCAGGCCAUGUUGGCGCUCCAAUGCCUUGCAACCUUAUAAAACUUGUGGACGUGGAAGAGAUGAACUACUUGGCUUCCAAGGGCGAGGGCGAGGUGUGUGUGAAAGGGCCAAAUGUAUUUAAAGGCUACUUGAAGGACCCAGCAAAAACAGCAGAAGUUCUGGACAAAGACGGCUGGUUACACACGGGGGACAUUGGAAAGUGGCUUCCCAAUGGUACCUUGAAGAUCAUCGACAGGAAAAAGCACAUAUUCAAACUGGCACAAGGAGAAUACAUAGCACCUGAGAAGAUCGAGAACGUCUACGUGCGGAGUGAGCCUGUCGCUCAGGUGUUUGUCCAUGGAGAAAGCUUGCGGGCAUUUCUCAUAGCAAUUGUGGUACCAGAUGUUGAGACAUUAUGUCCCUGGGCCCGAAAGAAAGGAUUCGAAGGUUCUUUUGAAGAACUGUGCAGGAACAAGGACGUCAAAAAAGCCAUCCUGGAGGACAUGGUGAGGCUUGGGAAGGAUUCCGGCCUGAAGCCAUUUGAACAGGUCAAAGGCAUUAGUCUUCACCCUGAAUUAUUUUCCAUCGACAACGGCCUCCUGACCCCAACAAUGAAGGCGAAACGGCCUGAGCUUCGGAAUUAUUUUAGGUCACAGAUAGAUGAACUUUAUUCCACCAUCAAAGUUUAAUGCGAGGACGAAGCUGCGCACCUCCGCCGUCUCCUGGAGCUGCUGGCCUUCGCGGCGGUAAUCUUGACUAGUGCGCACAUAGGAAAGGGAGCACCCAUGUUUGACUUGUGCAUUCGGGGUUCUCGUCAUAGGAACAUUAGAGGAAACGGAACACUGCCUUACAGUCACCUCCUGUUGCAGACCGUGUUUAUGGUGAUACACAAUUUCCUAAAUGAGCCUUAAAAUUGUCAAGGGGAAACUAUCCAUGGGCUAAGUUAUUUGAAGCUUCCUCGGUAUUAAAAAAAAAAAAAAAAAGGGUGAAAACUUCUGUCUCCCUGUUUUUCUAACUAAGGGGUUAGGACUUUGCUAUUUCCGAGAUGUCUGCUACUUGCUGCAAAUCCUGCAGGUGUUCUGCUGCUCUGCAAAGUACAGUGCACUGGAGGGAAGCUGUCCCUUAAAAGCAAGGACUGUCCCAGCUGGAGGAUGUCACAAGUGGACCAGAGAUUCUUUCUUAAUCCCUGCCUCCUCCCCUUCCCCGCCUCACAUGCACUCCGACCGGGUCUCAGAGCAGCCGGGCUUCUCCACGGUCCCUCUUGUCCUGGAGGAGAAGAAGGUUCCCGGCAAAGAAGAGAACAGAUCCCACUCAGACCAGCACAGAUGCCGGGUCUCAGAUGAACGGCUGCUCACCUGAGCGAACGGCUUCCGUUGCCCACAGAGCAGAAUGUUCUCAGAUCCUCUUCUCCAGACCCAAUUCCCUCCCCCUCACCGAUCCCUUCCCAGGGGUUAUUAAAAAAUCUGCCUUAGACUCUGCAGUGAAGACAAGCAUUUCAAGAAGGAAAUAAUUACCUGGAUCGACCAUGCUCAACUGUGACGCCUAGUGAACUGUCCCCCUUUAUCUCCGGCGAAACAGUCAUUCUUUGUGAUGGCUGACGGAUUUUUAAUGUGGUUUUCAUAUCAAAAGAUUGUGUUGUGAUUAAGUGGCUUUUUCCCACCCCCAGAUCAAUUCUCAGGCAGGGCAUGUCUUUAAGCCUAUUAAGGGAGUAGGUACGCUUGGGCACUUAGCGAAGUGGACAGUGAGAACGAAUGGUCUUACAGUGCUACCUGAUUUUUAUGAAAUGUGUUCCACAAGCCAAAAUUCUAGGGUGUAGAAAUCUGGAAAACUCAUUUUCUGGGAUUCACUUCUCAAGGGAUUUUUUUGUUUUGUUUUGUUCUUUUUAAAGUUAAUUUGGAAGUUAGCCGCAUUUUACUUUACUGCAAGUCUUUGCCACGUGUGACCGAAUGAAGUUGUCAUGUUCACACUGAAAGCAGCUGGUGUGGGGUUUGUGAGAGUCUGUGUAUUACCCACGCACGACAGGGUUGGCACUGAAGGACUGUCACCGUAGUAACACUAUUGGGUAGCCUGGCUUCAUCCGUGUGUUCUUAAUUGCACAAAAAGUCAAUAAUUUGUCACCUUGGGGUUUUGAAUGUUUGCUUUAAGUGUUGGCUAUUUCUAUGUUUUAUAAACCAAAACAGAAUUUCCAAAAAACAAUGAAGGAAACCAAAAUAAAUAUUUCUGCAUUUCAA